AUGGACGUCAAUGGACAAAUCCAUCUAGUCAACUGCAGAGAGAAGCUCCCUUCACUCUGCUCUCAAACUGCACCAGCAUCCAAUAUCACAUAUGCAGACAACUCUCCUCCAUAUCGAAUUUCUCAAUCCGUCGGCUCACAAACACUGAUCGGAUACCGUGACUUCUUGACCUUUCGAUUCAUGGGUGUUCGGUUUGCUGCUGAGCCAGAGAGAUUUACCUAUUCUUCUGUUUAUGAAGGGACAGGUACUAAUGAUGCUCUUGAGCCUGCACCUGAAUGUCUGACUCUGCCGAAUAAUGGUUCUACAGACUGCCUGUUUCUCAAUAUCUGGACGACUUCUUUGCCUGGCUCUUCCGCGAAGAAAGAUCUAAAACCAGUGAUGGUCUAUAUCUAUGGAGGUGGAUUUACGACUGGAUCUGCAAGCAAUCCAACAAAUGAUGGCGGCAACUUGGCUGCACGCGGCGAUGUGGUCGUUGUUGACAUUGCUUAUAGGCUGUCUACACUUGGUUUCCUUGCUCUUGAUGACGGUGUUCAUAACGGCAAUUAUUUCUUGUCUGAUCAGAUUGCUGGUUUGGAAUGGGUUCAGAAGUACAUCGAAAACUUUGGAGGAGACCCGUCUCGUGUCACUGUCUUUGGCGAGUCAGCCGGCGCAGAGUCUGUCAAUGCUCUCAUUGCGUCGCCGAAGGGCAAGGAUCUUUUCCAUGGAGCGAUAAUGCAGUCGAACUACUACCAGCCUUAUGUUCCUCUGGCUACUGCGAUCAACCAGACUACCAAUCCCAUUCUCAACGAAACAGGUUGUGCUACUGCAGCUGACCAGCUAGCAUGUCUCCAGGCGUACAAUGCUACUGCAUUGCUCAGCCUCAAGACUGUUUUCAACUACCCGGUUGUUGAUGGCACAUACCUUGUGUCUGACUUCAUCGAUCUCAACAGCACGACGACGAUCACCAACCGUGUACCAGUGGUCAUGGGAGUCAAUCGUGAUGAAGAGGGUGUUCUCGGAACAGUCUAUCCAACCACCAAUCUUGUUACUGGUAUCGACGAUCUAGCUGCUGCAGACCAUCUCAAUGCCAGCAGCAUCAUCAACUCUGAUCUGUUCCCUCUCGGCACCAGUAGCAUCAAUAAUGCGACCUUGGAUGUCUUCAACACCACUACUCGUAUUUCUACAGAUGUCUCUUUCCGCUGCUUCAAUCAAUUUGAAGCUUACGCUGGCGUGAAAGAUGGCGUGCUACCCAACAUCUGGUUCUAUGAGUUCAACCGCACAUACCAGGAUCCAGCUUACAACCCGAACCUCGUCUGUGCCGCUCCGGUGACACCUUCUCAUCCUUAUGGCGACCCUUCUCAAGAGUACUUCAAGUGCCAUGCUGGAGAUCUUGCAAACACUUUUGGCAAUGUAGCUCGUGUUGGCUUCCCUGAUCGUGAUGGACUGGAUGCAAAGUUUGGCCAACUCAUGACCGACUACUGGACCAGCUUCGCGAGAAACCUUGAUCCUAACCCGAAUUUGGAGUAUCUCAAAGCGAGAGGAUAUUGGAACACCAUCAACCAGAUCGAAAGGUCGGGCCCUUGGGAGAAGGUGAAUGCUGCACAGCCGAGGAUGAUGGAAUUGCAGUGGAACUCGGUCAUGAUGCCUUUCAGGGAUGUUCAGCAAUGCGCUGCGUUGGGCUUCCCAUUGACCUACCUCACUCACUGA